AUGCUUGGAUUGUUAAAAUAUGGGACGACAAUCGUUUUGAUACUACUUAAUGCGUUGGUUCUUAUUACUGGCAUCGAAGAGGAGGGAAUCUUGACCAAUCAUUUCUUGGUUCAGUUGCACGAAGGUACAAAUGAAAAAGCCCAACAACUUGCAAAGGAGCACGGGUUUGAGAGUGCCAGGAAGCUUUCCUUUGGAGAGGGGCUUUUUCAUUUCUACCCUCGGGACAGCCCUAAAAACAGAAGAAAACGCAGCUUGAAGCAUCGCCAGCGUCUGGAGGAGGAUCGUCGGGUGAAAAAUGUGUUUCAGCAGGAAGGCUUUGGUCGUCAGAAGAGGGGCUACAGGGAUCUCUCUGACUUUGACAUUAACAUGAAUGACCCUCUAUUCACCAAGCAGUGGUAUCUGAUAAACACGGGCCAGGCUGAUGGCACCCCUGGCCUGGACCUGAACGUGGCUGAAGCUUGGAAGUUGGGGUACACUGGGAAAGGAGUAACCAUUGCCAUCAUGGAUGAUGGUAUUGACUACUUGCAUCCAGAUUUGGCUGCAAAUUACAAUGCAGAGGCCAGCUAUGACUUUAGCAGCAACGACCCCUAUCCUUAUCCUCGCUACACAGAUGACUGGUUUAACAGUCAUGGAACUCGGUGUGCUGGUGAGGUGUCUGCCGCUGCCAAUGACAACAUCUGUGGUGUGGGCGUGGCAUACAACUCCAAGGUGGCAGGGAUACGCAUGCUGGACCAGCCCUUCAUGACGGACAUUAUCGAAGCCUCAUCCAUCAGUCACAUGCCUCAGGUCAUUGACAUCUACAGUGCCAGCUGGGGCCCCACGGAUGACGGCAAAACGGUGGACGGACCACGGGAGCUAACCCUGCAGGCCAUGGCCGACGGCGUCAACAAAGGCCGUGGUGGAAAAGGCAGCAUCUAUGUGUGGGCCUCUGGAGACGGUGGUAGCUAUGACGACUGUAACUGUGACGGCUAUGCCUCCAGUAUGUGGACUAUUUCCAUUAACUCGGCCAUCAACGACGGUCGCACUGCUCUGUAUGACGAGAGCUGCUCCUCCACCCUAGCCUCCACCUUCAGCAACGGACGAAAGAGGAACCCAGAAGCAGGGGUGGCCACCACGGACCUGUACGGAAACUGUACCCUGCGUCACUCUGGCACGUCUGCCGCGGCUCCGGAGGCAGCUGGUGUGUUUGCCUUGGCGCUGGAGGCCAACCCGAACCUGACCUGGAGGGAUAUGCAGCAUUUGACCGUGCUGACUUCCAAGCGGAACAAGUUGCAUGAUGAAGUUCACCAGUGGAGGAGGAACGGCGUAGGGCUGGAGUUUAACCACCUGUUUGGAUACGGUGUACUGGACGCUGGAGGGAUGGUUAAAAUGGCCAAGGAAUGGAAAACAGUGCCAGAGCGUUUCCACUGUGUAGCAGGAUCAGUCCAGGAGACCCAUCAAAUCCAAUCUGGUGAUAAGUUGGUGCUAGCCAUCACCACCGAUGCCUGCCAGGGGAAAGAAAACUUUGUGCGGUACCUAGAGCACGUGCAAGCUGUUAUCACUGUCAACUCCAGUCGUCGUGGCGAUCUCAACAUUAACAUGACCUCUCCCAUGGGUACCAAGUCCAUCCUGCUCAGCCGCCGGCCCCGUGACGACGAUGCCAAGGUGGGCUUUGACAAGUGGCCCUUCAUGACCACUCACACCUGGGGAGAAGACCCCCGUGGCACCUGGGUACUGGAGGUGGGUUUCCAGGGGGAGGUCCAGCAGAAAGGUGUCCUGAAAGAGUGGACUCUCAUGCUCCAUGGAACACAAAGUGCCCCUUACAUAGACCAGGUCGUACGUGAUUACCAGUCCAAACUGGCUAUGUCCAAGAAGGAGGAGCUCGAGGAGGAGCUGGACGAGGCUGUGGAGAGGAGCCUGAAAAGCUUGCUGAGUAAAAACUAG